AUGGCGCAAGCGCUGCAGUCUAAAAAGAAGUCCUACAAGCUCGAGGAUGUUGUGCAGCUGGUCCUUUCCAUCCAUACCGAUGGCGGUGCAACCAGGGAUGAGCUGCAACGUUACAUCACCUUGCUGGAUCGUCAGCUGUCCGAGCGGUUGCAAGAUGUGGUUACCAAGUUGGCGACAACUCAGACCUCGGUGGAGGAGCAAGAGAAGGAAUCUCAGGAGAUGCACAAGAAGCUUGCAUCAAACACAGAUCGCUUGCACGAGACGGCCAUGAAGACUGCCAAAGACUUUCAACAGUCGCUGUCGAAUCAGUUGGCAGAGAUGCACAGCCGCAUCAACCAAGAAAUGAGGAGACAUGAGGACAAGAUCAACGACUUGUACGACAAGUUGGGGCUGACGCGUCGAGAGCUCUCGGCCAACGUGGCCAUCAUGCGCAGCGAGUCGCGAGUGUUGAUGCACAAGAACAACGAGAUCCUCACCAAAGCCCUCAAGGAUUCGGAGCAGGAGACGCGGGAACACGCGAUGACGGCCCUUCAAAGAGCCGAGGCGGAGAUCAAGAACACGCAGGAGCGACACAAAACAUACUUCGAGUCCCGAAUGGACAAGGCAGAUCAGUUCGCGCUGAACCUGGAAGCCGACCUUGACUUCUUAAGCAAGAAGGUCGAAGCCAACCGCAAUGCCUUGGAGGAUUUGGUCAGCAGAGCUUCCGGCGAGCUGCAGAAUCGAGAGCAGAUGCUACGAAAAGAGCACGGGAAUCGGCUACAGGUGUUAGAUGGCCGCGCGACGCGACUGGACAACAUCAUUGCCGAGGUCGAGAACAUCCCGACCAGGAAAGUCGACUGGAUCAUCAAGGACUGA